GUUGUUUUGUCUGGUCUGACGUUCGUGUGUACUGCAUAUACGUGAGUGUAUAUUGCGCGUUUGCCGAAUCGACUACGACGGAACGCACUUGUUCGUCGCUGCUACCGUCGUCGUCAUGCAGUAGUUAGUGUCGUCAGUGCCUAGCAAAUAGAAUGAAAUAAAUAAGUUCAAACCAAUAAAUUUUUUUUGUUGUUUUUGAUUGUGUGUACUACAUGUUUAAUGUGAGCUUUAAAAAUAUUAAAAAAACGUGACAUACGCAUGGUAGCGUCCAUGGAUUACAUCCGCAUUCAUUCAUGUACCUCCGGGAUUGGCGCGUAACGACUUCGCCGUGAACGAUAUCACUGUGGCCGCUGUCUAUCGUAGAAAUAUUUCAACAACAACGUUAUCGAUGUUGUCGAGGAAUCGGGUUUUUCCGUUAUGAUAUUUCGCGUUGUUUUGAUUGCGUUGGGCCUUGGUGUCAAUGACCUUUUUACCGUGGUGCGUGUUGUGUUGACAAUGGCGGAGCAGCGCGCGUUUUGUGAUGUGCAUUUACUUUAGAGAAACGGCAUUGCCAAAGAUUCUGAUGACAUACCGUACAUUCGUUUACUUAAUUCAUUAAGUAUAUUUACUAUCGUGUGAUAGUAAACAUCUUCUAUUACAGCCCAACAUUAUCAAUAUAUGGGCAAUCGGCAACGUGAUAUCAGCAGUGUUGUUGUUCGGUUGAUUAGCGUGCAGUAGUAAAAUUUUGGAGUAGUGUGUUUUUACAUAACAAGCGUGUGCACCCGUAGUAUUCUAGUUCCAGCAGAAAGUGCGUCACAGUGUCGAUUUGAUCAAUAAUGUAAGAAAAUUAUUUAAAAUGUGUGGCGAGUAUGAUGAAAUACAUUGUUUUCGUGACAACUGCCCCGGAAUAGGGCGAUGCCGAUUAUGUGGUAGAUUACCUCCUGUUGAUCAAAAUUAUCAUUGCAUAUAUUAUCAGUCAAUAGCUCCUUCACGAUUUUCAAAAUCACGCCCUCAACAACAUAGAAAGGCGUGGCUUUUAUCAUCUAAAUCAGUUUGGAAAUCUGAUUUUCUAUGUAUAGCAUUGUGGUGUUUUGCUCUAUUAAGUUUAAGUCAAGUAACUGCAGAUCAGCAGUAUUCUACACAAUUAGCAUUGCCAAAUUCAAAUGUAACUCCAACACCUAUUAUCACAACAACUACAAAUAAUCCAGUUCAUCUAUCAGAUGGUAGAAUUUGUCAAAGUAAAGAUAUCAGAAAUCGAGCUGAUAAUUUGAAGUCUCUUCGAGGAUGUAGAGUUAUUGAAGGAUUUUUACAAAUAGUAUUGAUUGAUAAUGCUAAUGAAACAAGUUUUGAAUCCCUCUCAUUUCCUGAGUUACGUGAAAUAACAGGAUAUUUAUUGUUGUAUCGAGUAAAUGGAUUAAAAUCAUUGGCUAAACUUUUUCCUAAUUUAUCUGUUAUUCGUGGACAAGAUCUAUUUAUGUCUUAUGCUAUUGCCAUUUAUGAAAUGGUUCAUUUACAUGAAUUGGGGCUGUACACUUUAAAAGAUGUUGUCAGAGGAGCUAUUUAUAUAACUAAAAAUCCAAUGCUUUGUUUUACACAAACAAUCGAUUGGAAUAAAAUCGCACCAUCUGGAAAGGGAUCUCAUGUCAUAUUUGACAAUCGACCUGGAAAUGCCUGCCCUGUAUGUCCAUGGACCAAUGAUCCAGAUUGUGCAGUUUCACAUAAUAAGGAUCCUAUGUGUUGGAAUACAGAACAUUGUCAAAGAAUCUGUCCAUCCAAGUGCAAUGGUCAGUGUAGUUCAGAUGGUGAAUGCUGCCAUGAACAAUGUCUAGGUGGUUGUUUUGGUCCUAAUAAACAAGAUAAAUGUUUUGCAUGUAAAACAUUAGAAAUAGACAGAGAUUGUGUCACUGCCUGUCCACCUAAUACAUUAAUUUACCAAAAUAGACGUUGUAUCACAGAACAAGAAUGUUAUCGUAUGCCUCGUUCUAGAGUAGAGUUACAAAACGGAUUACAUCCUCAAUCAUGGAAGCCUUUUAACAAUACAUCUUGUUUAAUGGAAUGUCCUCCUGGUUAUGAAGAAGUGCCUACUGAAAAUAACUAUGGAAAAGUGUUCACAUGCCAACAAUGUGCUGGACCUUGUCGUAAGGUUUGUAUAGCAGCAAAUGUAGAAAGCAUACAAUCAGCUCAAAAAUUAAAAGGAUGUGUUGUUAUUAAUGGCUCUUUAGAAAUUCAAAUACGAGGAGGAACAAAUAUUGUGAAAGAACUUGAAGAAAGCUUAAGCAUGAUAGAAGAAAUAACUGGUUAUUUAAAAGUGGUUAGAUCUUUUCCAUUAGUCUCUUUAUCUUUUCUUAAAAAAUUAAGACUUAUAAGAGGAGAAUCAUUAGAAAGUUCAAAGUAUGCCUUAGUUGUGUUGGAUAAUCAAAACUUGGUUGAGUUAUGGGAUUGGAAACACCAUCAAGAAGGAUUGAAAAUUGAGCGUGGUCAAAUAUUUUUUCAUUUUAAUCCUAAACUUUGUCUAUAUCGAAUUAAAGAACUGCAGUCAAAAUUGGGCCCUCAAUUUGAUGUUGUAGAUGAUUUAGAAGUUGCUCCUAAUUCAAAUGGUGAUAAAAUAGCAUGUAAUGUUUCAAAAUUGAAUGUUAGAACAGAAAUUGUUGAGACAAACUCAGUUCUUCUUAAAUGGCCACCAUUUACACAUUAUGAUACUCGUACAUUAUUGGGUUAUGUUGUUUAUUAUUUAGAAGCUCCAAAUCAAAAUAUUUCAUUAUAUGAUGGUAGAGAUGCAUGUGGUGGUGAUGGGUGGAAAACUGAUGAUGUAGAAUCAACUGAAACUACUGAUGAUUUACUAGCACUUAUAACAAAUUUAAAACCAUUCACUCAGUAUGCAUAUUAUGUAAAAACAUAUACAGUUGCUUCAGAAUCUAUUGGUGCCCAAAGUGAUAUAGAAUAUUUCACUACAUUACCAGGAACUCCAAGUCCUCCUCAAAAUCUUCGUGUUACUUAUUAUAAUACUGAUAGUAUUACUAUUGAGUGGCAACCUCCAGCUGAACCAAAUGGAAUUAUAAAAAAUUACAUUAUAAAAUAUUCACCUAACAAUAUAUCAUGGGAUUCAUUAGACAAAAGAGAUUAUUGUAGAGAUGGAAUCAACAAGGAAUUAAAGUUAAAUAAUCCAACUAAAGAUAUAGUAAGUAUUGGCAAUGAUAAAGAAAAAGAUUGCAAUUGUACAGUUCAACCAGAAAAAAAACCAACAAAAAUCAAAGAUGAACAACAAAUAAAAACAAUGAUAGAAUUUGAAAAUAAUUUGCAAAAUAUUGUGUUUGUUAAAAACCCAAAUCAUAAAAGUGACAAUUCUCCUAAAAAAAAGCGUGAUGUAUCAGGUUUUGAUCCUGCAGCUGAGUUUCCAAAUAAUACAAACAUUAGACCCAAAGGUUCAAUAGAUUCUGAUAUGAACAAUAUAGAAAAUGUUAACAUGGUUACAAUUGUGGUAAACAGUACAACUACUAGCUUUACAUUAAAUAAAAAUUUAACACACUUUACAACUUAUAAUAUUGAAGUGUAUGUGUGUCGUUAUUGGAGUGAAUUCGAAAUACCAAAUUCUAAGGAACAAAUAAGUAAUUGUAGCACUCAAAAAGCUAUGACUACUGCUUCAACUACAAAAAAAGAUUCUGCUGAUAAAAUUGAUGAAACUGAGUUAAAAGCGACAGACUCUAAUACUACAGGAUCAGUUGUCAUUUCUUGGAGUGAACCUCAAAUUUCAAAUGGCCCUAUAGUUAGUUAUACUUUAGAGUAUAAAAAAGUUGGAGAUAAUAUUCCAGCAAGUGUUUGUAUCACUAGACAACAGUACAAUAAAUCUGAAGGAUCCCAUAUUUUAUCAAAUGUAGCCCCAGGAAAUUAUAGUUUUCGAUUACGUGCUAUAUCAUUAGCUGGAAAUGGUGAAUUUACAUCUUACAAAUAUUUUUCUAUUUCUGAAACACCUGUUACACCAGAUUCUCAAUUAUUAGUGAUAGUGAUAUUGGUUGCAGUGGUAAUUUGUAGUAUAAUUGUGUUGAUUUUCUUUGCUCUCCAUCGUUAUUAUAAAAAUAAGUUGGAUUCAACAAAAUUAUUUGUUACUUGUAAUCCAGAUUAUAUAAGUUGUGAAUAUCAAGCCGACGAAUGGGAAAUUCCGCGUGAUGAUAUUGAAGUUUUAGAACCAUUAGGUCGAGGUUCUUUUGGAAUGGUAUAUCGGGGAAUCUGGAAGAAAAAGGAUGGUGAUUCUAUUCCUUGUGCUAUUAAAACAGUGACUGAAAAUAAUAACAUUAUGGUUAGACAUGACUUUCUUUCAGAAGCUAAUGUUAUGAAAUUCAGAAGGAAUGAUGCCAAUACGGUGGAUGGCACCAGAAAGUUUAAAACAUGGCCUUUUUACUUGUUUUUCUGAUGUAUGGAGUUAUGGUGUUGUACUAUGGGAAAUGGUGACUUUAGCAGCUCAACCAUAUAGAGGUGAAAAUGAUAAAAAUGUUAUAGCAUAUGUUAGUAGUGGUGGUAUUAUGGAAAAGCCUCAUGAUUGUCCUGAUAUAUUGUAUGACUGCAUGAAGCUUUGCUGGCGUUUCAAAGCUUCAGAACGCCCAACUUUUCCAGAGCUAGUUAAAAUGUUUUUACCAUGUGCUCGUGAAGAAUUUUCCAAAAUGUCUUUUUAUCACAAUGAAUUACAGUCAGAAACACCACGUGUUGAAGUAUCUGAUAACGGUGUAACCGAAUCUGAAACAUCAGAAAGAGAACGUAAGCAAUUAGAACAAGAUCAGAUUACUGCAGUAUUAAAAAACUUUGGCUCAUCCUCCACUGAACGUUUGGCCCCUAAAGCUGAUUUGGAAGAAGAUGAUGAUGAUGACGAUGAAGAUUCUGAUAAUGGUAGUGAGUUACAACGUCUGCGCAUUGAUAACUUUGUAUACAAGCAGCGACCACCUAAUGGUUAUAUGUCGAUACACAAUGGGAAUGGUAAUAUAAAUACCACCAUAUGCUGAAUUGUAGUUCUUUAUUAUAAUUAUUAUUUUAAAUAUUAUUUUUAGUAGAAUUAAUUUUUUUAGAUCAAACUUCUUUUUUAUAUGGCAUAUAUUGUUUUUAUAUUUAUAUAGUUCCUAAUUGUUUGUUGUGUCAAGUAUGCAGAGAUGGGUAUACUAUUUUCAUCAAAUUUCAUUUUAAGUAUAAACUACUAUAACUAUACUUUAUGAUUUUCAAUUAUAUAAAAAAUAUGUGAACAAACUCUUAUAUUACAGAAAAUUGAUUAUUAAUUUGAAUAAAGUCUUCUUAACUAAUAACUAAUUCAUAAAUCUGUGAGUGCUUGUUCAUAUUAAUUGGUUUUACCUAUACUAAAAAAAAUGUAUAAAAAAAAACAUAUAUUUUUAUAUUCAUGUCAUUUAGUAAUCUAAUUUUUAUUCGUCUUGAUAAUUUUAUUUUACAGACUAAAAAGGUUUUUUUUACAUACUUUUAAGUAUAAAAAUUUUUUUUUUUUGGAUACUGUUGUAAAGUGAUAUUUGUAUAAAAAUAUAUAUUAAACAUAUACUAAUAAAUAAUAAUAAUAAUAAUAAUAAUAUAGCUCAAAAUAAGUAUAUUGCUUCUUAUUUAAUGUAACUUUAUAUUAAUAAUCAAAUAAACAAGAGUUUAGAUUUAUCUUUUGCUUAAAAUUGUUGUUAAACCAUGACAUUUGAUUAAGUUAUUUUUACAUCAAAUAUUGAGUAUAUAUAAUAGGAUAUUACACAUAUAUUUACUUUAUUAUGCAUUUUGUGUAUAUAUACACAGCCCAUAACAUUCAAAUGUAGCUAUAAUGUUGCUUUUAAUGAAUUAUCUAACUAUCUGUUAUCCCAUCUCUGUAGUAUAUCUGAAUUAAAAUAUUUUUUUAAUAUAAUUUAAAAUCGCCUGUACAUUACCUGUCCAGUAGGUAAAAAUCAGAUUUGAACUUGCUCAAUGCCAAAGCCAGUGUAUUUUUUUUUCAAUUAUAGGUUUAGUUCCUUUUUCUUUUCUUUUUACAGGUGUGCAAUUAAAUAUUCUCUAGUUUUUUAAUUAUAUUAAAUAUAUUCCUAUAAGACUGCCUAUUAUGAAUAAAGCUACUUAUGUAGUUUCCACAGUACACAAAUAGUAAAGUUAAACAUUUGUUACCUGAAGUUUAGUUUUAGUUUUUGAACAUAUAACUCUAUAUUAUAAAAUUUAGUAUACAAUUUAAGUUCUGGUUCAUGUACUAAGAUUAAAUAAAGGUUUAGAAGAAAAAAGAGAUAUUAAACAAAUUCAUAGAUAAUUUGGUUUUAUAAAUUCAUUGAAUUUACUAACUAACUCAUAGUUAGUAUUUUUAUAUAUAUAUAUAUACUUAUAUUUUAAUAUAUUAUUGAAAAAAUUGUUGUAAAUAUAUUUAAAUCUUUUUGUAGAUAAAUUGUGUUAACUAAUAUGUUUUUUAAGUGUAUUGUAAGUAGUAUCUGUGAGUCGUGACCAAAUUUUUGUCAUAAGUGCAUUAAUAAGUGUAUAAUUAUAAUUGUUCCUAAAUUCAAUUAUGUAGAUUGUAAUCAAAUAUAAUUAACUUCUGGUAAAUGUAAUAAAAAUGUACAUAACUUAUUAUGUUAAUGUACAUAUUCAUUUUUGA